AGUCGGGGUGGUGUGGGGCGCAUGCGGCGCUUGGUAGCUCGCUAUUGUAAAUAUUAAAGUUUGAAGGUAGGAGCAUGAAUAUACCUGUUUUAAGAUUAUUUAUGAUAUGUUCCACCUUAAACAUGACAAAUGGUGUAGUGAUCUUUCUAAUGUUAGGUAGCAAUGUAUACCUUUGCUGAAUAUUGUACCUUAUUCCUGUAAUCUGUUCUACCCUUUGGUGCAUUCUAAAUUGUUAUAAUGCUAUCACCAGUUCUCGCUAAAAAAAUAGCCCUUAAUCUUUGUCACAAUUGGUGCAAUUGUAAGGCAUGAUUUGCUGUCAUUUUUUAUUUGUGCCUGCUGGCUGGUAAGUAGCUCCUUGCUGACUAGGCCAGACAAGGAAUGCAACUUACACUAAACUUAUAGCUGUAACCAUCUUACUAUUUCUUAUUACCUACUUGUCAGUGAGGUAAGCCUUACUUGCCUUUUUGAGCACUUUGCCACUGCACACCAUUGUUCAGAUGAACCUAAUGCGGUCAUUCAAUCCACAGAACAAGACAGUGUGACAGAUUGUGCUGCAUGUUUGAUAGCUCAGACAACAUUCAACUCAAGCUCCUGCCAAGGUACAUGACAUUCAGUAUUGAUCUGCAAAGAGCAGCCAGACUGCAAAAGGAUGAAAAAAUCUGCCAAUCAAGUUCAGAAGAAGGCCCAUUCAGGGAAAAAAAUGAAGUCCUUAGUGAAACAGAAAUCUGGUAAAGUAAACCUCAGAACUAUGGCUCAUUGUGAGAAAAAUAAGAGGACUUCAUCAACAUCCAAGACAUGUGGUUCAAAAUGUAUCAAGCCAAAAACAUUUACAAAAGCUAAAAUACCUGAAAAGAAAUCUGCAAAAAGAUUGCAGAGUAUGCUUGACUCUUCAUGUCAAAACAUAUCAAACCAAGAAUUCCUUACACCACAACAUAUAAGAAAUUCAUCAAUAAAGCCAUGGACAGCUGGAUUGAAAGCACCAGGCUCAAAAUUGGAGGUGAAUACCACAAUGCUCCAUGGCACCUCAAUAUGGUCUAUGUUGGAAAAGCUUCUCCAGGCUGUGAAAAACCUUGGUCAGUUGGACUGCUUUUUGGCAAUCAUGGACAUGGAGAUCCAGUUCUCCAGCAAGCUGGAUGGCCACUUCCUGCCAGAAAAGGAAGAGUGGUCAGUCAUUCAGGAGCACCUGCUGUGUCUGGACACCUGUCUGCAGGCACUUCGUCAGCUAGUGGACUGUAAACAUUCUGACCAUAGUAGCAAGGCAGGAAAUGAAAAUCCUACAAGCAUCCAAUCAGAAGUGGGCGGCGCACCCUGCGAGCGGCCGCCGUCGGAGGACGGCGAUGAUCCGGAUUCGCCGUUGGCGGAACCGUCCGCCAGUCCUGAACCCUCGGCUGGGCGGGACGAUGGCGGCGACAGCGACGACGGCGGCAAGGACGGCGGCACCGGCGGCGGCGUCGACAACGACGACGACUGGCCGGCGGAGGACGCCGCCGAGCGGUUCCCGUGCACGGCCGGCUGCAAGGGAAGGUCCGGCGGCGCCCGCCUGUUCCCGUCCGAGAAGAGCCGGCGCAUGCACCUGGCGGCCCAGCACGGCCAGCGCGCCGGCCGCGGCUACCCCGAGUACAUCUGCCCGAUCUGCCGGGCCGUCCAGAAGCGGCCCGGCGAGCUGGCCGCCCACAUCGUGGCGAACCACGACAGUGCGCGCCCGGCGCCGGCGGCGGCGGCGGCCGGCUCGCCGUUCGUCAUGUGCCGACUCUGUCACGGCUGCUUCCCGGGCGCCGAGCAGCUGGGCGUGCACGCCUGCCAGUACGCCGACGGCGGCGGCGUCGUGCAGGAGCUGAUCCGCCGCGGCGUGCUGAUGCUCUCGGGCGCCGAACUGACCCAGCUGCACCGCUUCGUCUGCCACCAAUGCGACGAGGAGUUUCGCAACGUGGAUAUCUUCCGCGUGCACCUGCAGUACUGCGGCCCGCCGCCUUACCCGUGCCAGCUGUGCGGCGAGAUGUGCCGCACCGGGCGCCAGCUGGUGCGGCACAAGAUGACCCGGCACAGGGACCGCGACCAGGCGCUGUUCUUCUGCCCGGCGCCCGGCUGCGCACAGGGCUUCCGGCGCAACGCCGCCUUCCAGAAGCACCUGGUGCGCCAGCACGCGUCGCGCGGCCCCGCCCAGCCGUACGGCUGCGACGCCUGCGACAAGAAGUUCAUCAAGAAGAUCUACCUGACGCAUCACAAGCUGCGCUUCCACCACGACACGCUGCGCAGGGACUUUGUCUGUGAUGUGUGCGGCGCCCGGCUGGGCUCGUCCAGCGCGCUGAACGUGCACGUGGUGUCGGUGCACCAGAAGCCGACGCACCGCUGCUCGGUGUGCGGCAAGGCGUUCGCCCGCCAGGACCGGCUGCGCAACCACGCCAGGAUCCACACAGGCGAGAAGCCGUACAGCUGCACGCUCUGUCCGAUGGCCUUCAGCCAGCAGUGCAAGCUAAACGACCACCUGCGGCGGCACCGCGGCGAGAAACGCUUCCGCUGCGUGAUGUGCGACAAGAUGUACGCAGCCAGCUGCGACCUGCGCGCGCAUCUCAGGCGCGUGCACAGCGUGGACAUGGUGAACCGGACGCACACCAUCCAGCCGGUGUCGGCCCUGCUGCGGCCGCUGCCGCCGGCCGAGACGGAGCCGCCGGACGCGCCGCAGCCGGAGCCCGAGCCGGAGCCCGAGCCGGAUCCGGAGCCGGAUCCGGAGCCACAGCAGGGGCCCGAGCCGGAGCCGGAGCUGCCACCGCAGGCCCAGCCGCCUCCUCUGCCUCAGCAGCAGCAGCAGCAGCAGGACGUGUCGCUGGCGGCCGCCGUCCAGCAGUCCAUGCACAAUGUUCAGCUGCAGCCGGUGCAGGUGGCGGCGCCGGCACAGACGCUGCACGUGCAGGAGCUGGCGCAGUUGGGCCGCAGCGUGAUCCUCAUUCCGGCCGUCGACCCGAGCGGCGGCACGGCGUUUUACCCGAUCCUCAACCAGUGAGCGACGCCGACGCGCCUGCCGCGAGUCGCCGCCGCCGCCGUCGCCGUCGAAGCAGGAGCCGGAGCCGCCGGAGCCCAGCAGGACGCCGCCAGGUGUUGUCACACUCCAGUUGUUUCUUGUAUUGCGCGGCGCACUGGCUGUUCGGAUGAUGCAAGAGGUCACGAUGCUAGCAACUCUCUGGCGUGCGCACAUGUUUCAACACGAAGGCUUGGGCAUUCAUGCGGCACCGCGCCCGGAAGCAGACGUGUGCAAGUAACCAGAGUAUUCGUGUCCUAAUGGGGGCCAUUUCUCCUUAAACCGUGCGGAGGUUUGAUACGGGCUGGCGUGGUGAGGACUCGAGCGAUAACCAAGCUUUGUCAACAACUUCCACAUCUCGGGUUGACUAGACUGCCCUCUUGGACAGCAUGGUCCGGCCAUUUGUGACCGCGGCGGCUAGGACAGACGUGCAGCUGGUUCGCCUCAGAUGGGAGAGCAGGAGCACAACAGGCCUACGUCUCCCACUGGCUGGCUUUGGAGGGGUUUUGUGCCAUGCCCGUCGGGGAUGCCCCCCCCCCCCUCCCCUUCGCCCUUCCCGAUUAUGGUCGACCCCGGUCGUGCACUCCCAUUGUUCCGAACAAACGCGCGCUUACGCUGUGGGGCAUGCUUUGGUACAGAAGCUGUUCAAAUUCGGUCUUUUUUUGGCACUUCUGACAAGUCCUCCUUCGAGCCGGACAGUGUGGGAACAUACUGACGCGCUCCGUCAAAGCAGCUGUUUGAUUUUCCAGAACCGUGAGUGUGUCGUCUCUUCCGGCGUUCCUCACGACGCGCCUGUUCGCCCUUCCGGUGCUCCUCACGACGCGUCUGUGUCCGCUCUUCCGGUGUUCCUCACGACUCGUCUUUGUUCGCUCUUCCGGUGCUCCUCGCGACGCGGCUGUGUGCGCCCUUCUGGCACUCCUCACGAUGCGUCUGCGUCCUCUUUUCCGGCGCCCCUCACGACGCGUCUGUGUCCGCACUUGGUGCUCCUCACGACGCGCCCGUGUCCUCUCUUCAGGCGCUCUUUACACACGGUGCCUCACGCAGUUCUCUAAGCCAGUGGGUGAGCAGAUAUGUGGCCGGCGGCCGGCCUGGGCUUCCCGAGCCAGCGAGAAAAACGCCGUGCCGAAGGCCAUUUAUCUACCGGCAGAGAAUCCGAUGGAUCCAGCGAGACAGAGUCAGGGGACGGUGGCUAGUGUGUUCAGCUCAGCGAUUUACUGGAAAAUUAGACACCCAAAGAUGGGCGAGUACGGUGGACGAAUUUGAUGAAAAAUUGCGCAUGCAGUGGAGAGGCAGCUGACCUUCCUAAAUAAGUCUGCCGACAAAUUUAGCGAGCAGGAGCGGCGUUUACUUCAGAUAGCUCUAACAGUGUUGGAUGGGAAUCAGAGGCUCGGUGACCUCUCGGACAGAGCUGACGCAGCGGCAAAAGUGAGUGAGGUCACUCGGGGAUUUCUGAAGCUUUCGAUGUGGGCACUGGAAUUUACUGCCGCCCGUGUUGAUAGG